AUGCUACAGCUACCUGACCUGCACAUUUAUAACAACGCCCACCUCGUUGUCUGCGCUGCGGCUUGUCUUGGGGUAGUAGGAGUGAUCUCUCAGGCUUACCUUUAUAAAUCACAGAGUGGUCUUCCUCUUCCGCCUUCCCCUCCUACUUGGAGACUUUGGGGGCACUUCAUACCCCCUCGCAAGCCAUUUCUCACUUUAGCAGGAUGGAUCGACGAGUAUGGUCCUCUGAUUACCAUUCGGUCUGGAACUGAGAAAAUCGUUGUUGUCGGCCGUUACAACGUCGCGGUGGACAUCAUGGAGAAGCAGAGCGGUUUUCUAGCUGAUCGUCCUCGCCGCGUUGCUGGAGAAAUAUUUAGUGGCGGGCUAUCCAACCUCCUCACACCCGCUGGGGCUAGAUUCCGUCGGAUGCGUAGAGCACUCCAUGCGCAUCUCCAGCCCAAAGUAGCUAAGGAAUAUCAGCCCCUCCAGAUGUCACACGCAAAGAACAUAGUGCUCGACAUUCUGGAAGAUCCAUACAACUUCCAGAACCACGUGGCAAAUUUUGCUGCGACGACGAUUACGAAAGUUGUGUACGGGAAGACCACGCCCACGUCUGCGACUGAUCCCGAAGUCAAACGACUUCGCGAGCACUUGCGAGGAUUUCGUACAGCCUUACGCCCCGGUGCUUACCUGGUGGACUCGAUCCCGUGGCUCAAAUACCUUCCUUGGUAUGGCCGAGAAUUGAAACGGGGGUUUCACAAAAGUAAACAGUUCUACACCGCUCGGCUGAAUCGCGUGAAACAGGAAAUGGAGAACAAUGUGGACUUUGAUCCUUCGUUUACAAAACAUAUGCUACAAGAUCUCCAACUCCACGGUUUGUCGGAAAUAGAGAUGGCCUUUCUUGCUGGCAGCUUAUUUGCAGCUGGACGUGAUACGACUAUUUUGUCAAUAUGCACAGUGCUCAUGGCAGCCGCAGUGUUUCCCGAAGAGCAAGCGAAAGUCCAGGCCGAGCUUGAUGCGAUCAUAGGAAGGCAGCGAGCACCGACUUUCGCUGACGGACAGUCCCUUCCUCGAUUGCACGCCUUCAUCUCCGAGGCUUUGAGAUGGAGACCGAUGUUUCCCAGCGGAAUUGCUCAUCGAUCGACUAAGGAUGUGCUUUGGGCAUGUAUCUUUCGAACUACUUAUUGUGCGAAUGAUAAUCUGGCCCAUCAGGGAAACUAUUGCAUUCCAGCUGGAACUACCGUAGUUGGCGAUCACUGGUCCAUCUCUCGAGAUCCCGACGUCUUCCCCGAACCUCAUGCGUUCAAGCCUGAGCGUUGGAUCAACGACCAAGGUCUCUGUAGGGAUGAUCUAAAAUUCUUCUUCCUCUUUGGGUUUGGUCGGCGUGUAUGUCCCGGUCAACAUGUGGCGAACAGAUCGCUAUUCAUAAACUCGGCCCUUAUUCUUUGGGCCUUCCAGGUGACUCUGGAUCCUACGAAGCCACAGGAUGACAUGGGGUUCAUGAGCGGAAAUACCCGAUCAUGUACUAUUGAUUUUAAGACGAGGAUUCCAGAGACUGGCAUCAGGCGCAUGUUGCAGAAUUAUCCCGAGGUCGCCUGAGAAGCCUCAAUUGCCGCCUAGGGAUCUAUCAGUCCUGUAGUUCUCGCAGUAUCAUCACGUAUUAUAGCUUGAACUUUUUACCUCAAUCC